AAAUAACAUCUAUCCAUUCACCUAAUGUCUACCAGAUAUUCAGCUUUUAAAUGGAUUUCUUUAUUUUUUUACAGCGCUGUUGUGCCCUCAGUCAUUAUUCUUUGUUAUUUUCAUGCUGUCAUAAUGAACAGAGAAGUAAAGAACUUUAAACCCAUGUUGUUCAGUGUCAGAAAGUGUUGCUGAUUCAGUGACUAAACUGAGAAUUAAAGGUAAUUAUGUGUUAAAAGUGAUGUCCCUUCAGUUUUGGAGAAGCUUUUCAAUCACUGCGAGACAUCAGCAAAUCACUUCUACUGUUCUUUAUUCAUUUUUUGAGUCAUUUUAGUGUUUUUAGAUGCACUUUUACAUAUUUUGCACCUUUUAUCAGUUUUAUAAUACAUGCUUUGCUUUUUUACUGGCAUUUUAUCUGAUUUAUACGAGUUUAAUUCUCUAUUUGCAUUUUUAUGAAUUAGUAUAUUUAUCGCUCAUCUUACUUGCAUUUUAUCAGCUCUACAUAGGAACUCAUUCCCCUUCAUUGCAUCCAUCUGUUUAUGUUCGGGGUCAUUACUGUGUAUAUUGAAGGUGGCUGCUGCAAGUGUCACAUUUUCCUCCUAAAUAAUCUCAUUAGUCUGGAAAGCUCUUUGUGCUCAUGCAUGUGAAAGUGCCACAUCAAUAAAAUUAUUGUUAUUUAACAGUCAUUACAGCCCAUUUUUGUUUCCACCCCUCCAAACACUGUGACCUCUGUGGGAGGAACCGCUGUGUGCUGAUGGCUGUUAGACUAAUGAGGUUACGAAAAAACCCUCAGAGGAUCAACGAUUCAGUUUGCCCGGCCCUCUUCCAGCGUUAGAUAUUAUUACCACAACGGGCUCGGUGACAUUUCCAGACGUUGCUGAGAGGACGAGGACACACACCGACCACACAGACGUUGGAUUUUCAGGAGGAAGUUAUGAUGCUCGCUGGCCUCCUUGUUCUGCUUUUCUUCUCGAGUGUCUCUGCAGUGGAUGAAGUGUCCUCUGAGCAGAACUGCAGUUAUCAGGAUGUUUUAGAGCACUUAAACCUGACCAGAAGCAAUGAGCUGUACUCCAUGACCCGCCCUGUUAGGAACUACAGACGCCCCACACAUGUUUCUCUGGAAGUUCUGCUCUAUGCCAUCCUGGAUGUGGUUGAGAAAGACCAGAAAUUCAUUCCCUAUGUUUGGACUGCCAUGAGGUGGCACAACGAAUAUAUUUCCUGGGACCCAAAUCAGUUUUGUGGAAUUGACAAUGUUUCUCUUCCAACUGAGAUUCUGUGGAAACCAGAUCUCACUAUUGAGGAAAUGACAGAGAAGGACAAAGCUCCUCCGAGUCCUUACCUCAGCAUCAACAAUGAAGGUUAUGUGGAAGUCCAGAAUGACCAGGUGCUAGUGAGCACCUGCAGGAUGCAUGUUUACCUGUUCCCCUUCGACAUUCAGAGCUGCAGCCUCUCUUUCAAAUCGGUCAUACACACCGUGAAAGACAUUCGCCUCCAGCCAAGUGACAACUCUUCAGAGGCCACAGAGUGGUCUCGUGAAUUGAUGAGGACUCAGUACGAGUGGCUCUUCAUCAACUUGACAGUCACCACCAAACACGCCACUGAUUUAUUUGACCAAGAUGUCAUUGUUUACACUAUCACCAUGAAGAGAAGGUCGCUCCUCUACAUCGUCAACUUCUUGGUGCCUGUCCUCUUCUUCUUGUGUCUGGAUUUGAGCUCAUUCUUGAUAUCAGACAGCGGCGGUGAGAAACUCAGCUUCAAGGUCACCGUGCUGCUUGCCGUGACAGUAUUACAGCUUAUCCUCAAUGAAAUUCUGCCCGCGUCAUCCAACAGGAUCCCACUAAUAGCGGUCUACUGCAUUGGGAUCUUUGCUCUGAUGCUGCUCAGCCUCCUGGAAACAAUUGUUGUGAUGUAUCUGAUGGAGAAAGACUCUGUAUCCCAAAGCAAUGACACAGACAGAGAUCAAAGCCUGAGAGACGACUGUAACAAACACAGCAAAGCCAACUUCCACCGCUGUCAUGAAGAGGUGCAUAAAUGGACUCAGGCUGCAUGUAUCUAUGAAGCACCUGCUGAGGAAACUUCAUCUGAGUUGCUUUCUGCUGCUAUAGAGGUCAACAGCAACAAACUGACAGAAGAGCACCAAACCUUGGGGAGGCUUUCAGAUGCGCUGAGAGAGUUGGAGAAAACAUUAAAUCUGCUCCUUGAUAGCAAAAAGGACGACAAGGAGGAGCCCGGCUACUGGACCAGAGUGGCUAAAAGAGUCAACGGGGUUUUCUUGAUUUUCUACGUCACAGUGGUCAGUCUGUUUUUAGUUUUUAUCUUCGUAAAAUGGAACAGUGCCGAUGAUCAUUGUUGCAUAAAGAGAAAAUGAUUCAUAAGUUCUUAGUUAUGUCUUGCUGGUACCAUGUUUCUUAACCGGAAGAUCAUGACUGAGUCCCAGGAGAUUUGCGGGAAAGGGGCUAGAAUUACUUGCUACUAAAUAUAAUAAGUUGACGCAUACUGCAGACAAAUAACUAAAAUAUCUCGGUCUACUCGGCUGUCUGUGUUGGUCACUGUUUAUGCAAGCUAUUAACAUGCAAACAAACAACAGUUGUGUUACACUGAUUUCCUGGAAAUUUACCUGAAACAUAACUAUCCAACUUCCGUCCAACUCCUCUCUCACCUCCACACUGCUAGACAGUCACAGCAUGAGGUGGGUCUGAAUAUCAGACGGUGAAGUUACAGGUAUAAAUAAGGUGGAAUUCAUGGUUUGUCUGAACUGCAUGUUGGCUUUGUUGCUUAUAUCUUGCUUUGCUGGAAGAUGAAGCAUUGGUUUACCACAUCCUGGUUUUAGCAAAGCUAAUGUGGAAAAGUACACUUGGUUGUCCAAAUACAUUUAGGACAUCUUAAUAUCACAAUGGCUGAAGGGCUGUUGUUUGUUUAAUGCAGUGUAACAUAUGCAUAGUAUGAACACUCGUCUUUGUGGAAUCAUAGCACAAUAAUAUGAUUUCUAAACAUGACUGUCUGUACCUAGUACUAUUUUACAUGUAUUCUAAAAGAUGUUGUAGAUUUUUGCAAGAAACUUUUGAUGACCGAGCAAAUACAAUGCAAUGUAGUUAAUAUCUGCUUUUUGUAUUCAUUUCAAGAGUUCUUAUAAUCUGUUUUAUGUAUUGGCUUUGAUGUAUGUAUCAGAAUCUCCAAUAAAAAGUCACCUUUCUCCUAAAAAACACAUUCCUGUUUGGGUUGUCAACACCUUGCCAAGCUUCCACCACCCAUUUCAUAUAUAUGGGGCGGCAUGGCUCAGUGGGUAGAGUGGCCGUCUUGUAACUGGAGGGUUGCCUGUUGGAGUUAUGUGACAAUCGGCGUACGUUUGUCUGUGAAUCUGUCUGUCUGUGUGAAACAUUGCUAAAAACAGACUAAUGGAUUUGAAUGAAAUUUUCAGGGAGGGUCAGAAAUGACACAAGGACCCAGUGAUUAGAUUUUGGCAGUGAUGCGGCUUAUAGUCUGGAUUUGUUCAGGAUUUUCCAUUGGGAGAUACAGCUGCCGACACGGUGUCGCUGUAACCAUGACAACAAGUGAACACUGUGUCAGUUACCUGCUGAUGAUCACAUGGUUGCGAUCCUACUACAAAAUGACUGAUUUAGCAGUUGGAAAUUAUACAAGGAACAAAUGAUUAAACUGGGGGGUGUUUCUGAGUCCCAUCAAUUCCUGCCGUCCGCUACAUAUUUAGGUCACGUGAUGUAGCAAACCCCAGCCAGACAAUGGUGAAGCUCCUGGUGUUUCACAAAGCCUUUAUUAACAUUCAGCCAUCAGCCUUAUUUUGAACACCAAUUUACCUUUCUGUCCUUCACUUCUUUCUUCAGGAAACACCGUCAGAGCUGGUCUCCAUUCCAGCUGCUUCUAAGUUUAGACAC